AUGGCUCGCCCUUUCAACCCCUAUGAGCCGGAGCUCAACCAACUCUCGAAUAAAGGCAGCCCGAUGUCGCCCUAUCCACGUGGCGACACCGACACCCCCCUAUCCUUCAAGACCAAUGUCAAUCGAUCAAAGACCAAGCGUUGGGUAGAAGCCAAGAAGUUCUCCUACGAUGGCAACGACUGGGGCGACGACGAAUACGGCGAGUAUGACGAUGACGACUACGAGGAGCCUCCCCCGCUUCCACAAUCGACGCAUAUGAACCAGAGCACCCCCGGCAUCUCCAAGGGGCUUUCCAGGGACCGCAACAACACAGAGACGCCGCCGCUCCCUUCCAUGGAUCGAUCGCGGUCCAUGGAUCAAGUCAUGACGCUAGGUGUUAACGAUGCCGGCGACAGCAGUCGCAGUCGCUCGGUCGAUCGGACUGUCCCGAUUGUCCGCCCCGCUGAGAUCUAUAACCGUCUUCGAGGAAAUACGGCCGAACGUGCACAGGCUCCGGGGCCUGGCCUGACGACCGGCGAUUCAGCCGGGGUGGGUCCACCGCAGACAAAUGCUGGUGCCCAUGGCGAUCAGCAGGUAAACCAGUCGUUGGAUUCAGGAACGCAGUCAGGCAGUAACACCCCGAAGGAUGGUCUACCGGAUGCCAACCGUCUCCCUGGUUUUGGCACAAACUUAAAGGGUGAAUCUGAUCUUAGGACCCCGACGGACGGCACGAAUCAAACCCAACCAGAAUACCAGCUGCAUCAUAACCCGUCCCUCGGAUUCCGGUCUGUCGUGCAUCAAGCAUUCGAUGUCCCGGAGACACCGUCCAGCACCCUUGAAAGCGUUGGGAGAUCAAACAGCGACAGCACGUCGGUCAUCAGCCCUAUCAUCGGUCAGCGUACUACGAGUGACAGCAGGACCCCCACCAUCGUCGAAGAGCCCGAAAGCACCACCCCGCCCAAGGGCUUCAAACCUGGCCACCGUCGAGACCUGAGCGUGCCCAGUCCUGGCAACAGCCCGUCCAGGAAACCUGAGAUCACCAACAACGACGCAGCUCCGCCACCAGCCCUGGCCGAAAUGUCUCACAACAUCCGCGAGGCGCUGUGGUCCCCUUCGCCAACCUCGCCGGAGCAAACCAGGGGUGAGGAAGGAAUGCCGGCGCCGCUCAAGCUCAGCAACAGCUCGACUCCGGUGCCCAACGAAGCCGCUGCCAUCCCGGUCAUCGUGCCGUCGAUGAGCAGCGACAAUUCGCCGCAGGAUACGGAGAAUGACCGACUCAGGAAGGAGAUCAUUCGCUCGUUGAGCCGCGAGAAUACCCCGUCCGAAGAGCCAGAGUCGCACGAAAAUUCUCGACCGCAGACAAGCCGACAAGAGAGUCUCAUUCCGAGCGAGUACGAACGGUACUGGAGCGAAGAUCUCAAUUCUAGCCCUCAAGAAGCCAAGUCAGCAGCUCCUGCGCCCAUUCCUGCCGCGAACCCCUCGCCCGACAUGUAUUCUAGCAGUCCCCAGCAGUCGUCUCUUCCCGCACCCGCCGCUCGAGAGCCGGGGCCGGACGCAGAACAUAAACUACAGCGGAAGUUCUCGUGGGAGUCAUCCACUUCCUCGGACGACAUGGUGCCUCCCGCCGUCCUGCAGACCAUUGCCCCCGAGCCGAUGCCCGGGCAAUUUCCCGGGGCUCCUGAGGUCAGCAGCCUGCCAGACGCGCAACCGGCGACCCGCGAGCUCGACGACUCUGACCACGAGGACCGCCAACAGCAGCCAACUCCAGAGAAACCUAGAUUGUCCAUCAUUACCCCGACCUUACCCGACAACCGCAGUAUAACUUCCGAUCGGCAACUGCCCGAAGUGGUUGACGCCGAGACGGUGGCAGGUCCCACACACAUGGAGGAUGAGUAUCAGACUCCAGCCGAGCAUCCAGUAUCCUUUCCACCACCGCGCACGUCAUCAUCGUCCGGUCCAACCCCAUUGGGAUUCCGAGAGAUCAUGGGCAAGCCCACGUCUAACGAGCGGGUGCAGGCCUUCAACGAAACUCGCGAGCAGUUCAGCAUGAUCGACACGGGGCUAAGCCACUGGAUCCAGGUCACCGUGCACGCUCAUCCCGAGCACUCGGACGUGGUGGAGCAAAGCUUUAAGCUAUCGACUGGCGAGCCCAAGCUCGGCGGGUCUCGCGGCAAGUUCCCCAAGCUGCCGUCCCUAGGCACCUUCGCGACGAGCGGCGGCCAGGAUCCGUCGCCGUCCGGGUCUGGUCACGUUCGACGACCAUCGGCGCCUCUCGGGUCGAUGAUGAACAAACAGCAGGUCGAACAGCGCGGGAAAGACUUGCUGCACUCGGCGGGCAUGCUGGGCGGGCAAGCCGGCAAGACGGCGAAGAGUCUGUUUGCCAAGGGGCGCAGUAAAUUUAAGGGCGGAGGAGGCGAUAAGGGCUUUCAGUCAUUCCGGGGGAAACGAUGCAAUCUACGACUGUCGGAGAUGCACCUGUGGCCAGACAUAGACGUAGCAGCGCUGAAUGAGGACGCAACCCACGACCCACGGAAUUCCCAGGGCCUGAAAAGCCCCCAACGUCAGAUUCGACGCAAACCCCUGCCAGCGAUCGCCAAGAACCCCGCGACUUUGCGCCGCAAACCAGCCGCCGCGACCACAAAGAACCUGCGUCGGCCGCUCCCUCCUCAGGGAUCGAGUGGUCGCUCGUCCAUCUCGUCCCUCGACGAGGCUGAGAAGGAGAAAGCCGCCCCGUCCCUCUUUCAUCGUCCCAACCUGUCUUCCCUGUCCGUGCCGCUUGGCAGGUUCGCCCCUUGCAGACUCGUCGCUGAUCGUGAUCGUGAUCGAGACCGCGAGCGUCCUUUGCGCCCUCGUCCCCGUCCGUCAUCACUCCCCCGCCUGCAGUUGACAAUGCCCAAGGAGAGGAAUCCCCUUGGCCGUCUGUUCGGACGCCACAAGGCCGAUCGGCCGCAGUCGAUGGAACACCUGCCGACUUCGACUCCCCGCACUCGAGAUCUGCUGGGGAAAGCCGACCAUCUCAGCGUCCCUCGUCCCCACAGUUUUCAGGGCCAACCGCCGCCGUUGGGGGGUUAUUUUGCGCCCGACGCCGUCUCGCUGAAUGUUGAUUCUGGCUCGAGUCCAGCUUCUCCUCCUGCACAGUUCCACAGCCCCCCGCUGACCCAGGGCUACGCCCAUUCUCACUCGCAAUCAUACUCGCAUCCCCACUCGCGCACCUACUCCCAUUCGAACCCUCACCUUCACCGUCUCAGCAACAGCCUCAGCUUCACCAACAGCAACAACAGCUCCCAGGUCUCCCUCCAGCCGUCGCUCUACCGCACCGUGACGCCCCAAUUCCAACCCGAGAACAACCCCGCCUCUUCCCCCUCGCGCCCCCACAGCGCUCGCUCCCGCGGACGCAGUCCUAGCCCCGAGCGCACCUACGCGCAAGACCUGCACCUCCGGUCUCGUAGUCCCAAGGCUUUUGCUCCACGUCCGCAGGAAAGAGUCAUACCCCGGACCGAUCCCAACGACCCGGCGUACCAUCUGGGAACGUUCCGAUCGAACCCCCGAACGAGUCGCAUCGGCGACCAGGAGCGACCAUGGAAACUGACUAUUCCGGGCAUGGAAGGCGAUGGUGGAGACGGAGAGGGGGAAGAGGAAGAUGGGACCUUACUCUGGUUGAAGGCGCAGGGACAAGCACACAUAAAAGCUGAGCGGGAGUUAGAGAUGAGGGCCCUCAAUCGGACUAUUAGCGGGGAUAGUCAGGACAUGGUGUUCCCUUCCAAGGUGGAGAGUCGACCGGAUGUCAGUACUUUCAACAGCAACGGCAAACUCCCCUCCUAUGAAGAAGAAAUCGCGCGCCAUCCACCGCUGCGGUCCUUCCCGUCUAGCGACGAGAAAGCUACCUCUGCUUAUACAUCUGGGGGUACAUCCACUGAGGAAUUCGAGUCCGGGGAAAGGGGAGAGAGGAUUGAUCAUCAUCACCCCACACGCGGUCAGGCUCGAGUGCUCAACCGAACAGAUAUGCCGGUUGAAUUGCCUGUGAAAGGGGAGGACGAAUCUACCGAAGAGAUUGUCAUGUCGAGUACGGCUUAUCCGGGGCAGGAGUGGAAGCCGUUAGGAUUAGGAGAGUGGGAGUAUUGA